AUAAUACUGACAGUUUACACGUGACGCGGAGCGAUUACGGGGUAGGCGGGAAUGGAGAGCAUCUGGUGCGCUCGCGUCUGCACAAUGCGCUCCAGCCACUAUUUGGAAUUUAUUGCUCAGGCUAUCCUUUUGAUGGAUAGAGCAAUGUUUGUUUCUUCCUCCAUUCAAACGUACGCUGCAUCAAUCCACCGAGUCUGUUCCAACAGAAGGACGUAAAUGGUUGUCAUCAUCAUCUUUGCUGCUCCUACUGUAUGUGGUCCUUGGGAUUUAUUGCUUCAAUUUGAAAAGUAGGAUAAUUCAAUGAUGUCGAUAUCGCUGUUGUUCCUGUUCUACCCGUCUGUUUUGCUCUUCUUUGGCUUUGGCUGCCGGUACGCUUCGAGCUUUGUGUGUCCGGGAAUCUGCCGGUGUUCCGCCAACACCAUUAGAUGUAACAACAUCACGGAGAAGUCCGUUCCAACGAGCGAAAGGGGUCCAAGACUCGUCCUGAAGCAUCUGACUAUGAGCACUAUAGCUAGCCACACCUUUGAUGGCCUGAGAAGAGUCCAGCAUAUAGAAAUCGGUCAAAGUGUUGCCUUGGAAACUAUAGAGACCCUUGCAUUCAACAAUCUUCUCGACCUCAAUGAAAUCUUCAUUAAGAACAUACGGAGCCUAGUGCACAUCGCUCGAAGGACGUUCAACAACCUUCCUAAGCUGCGUUAUCUGAGUAUAUCCAACACUGGGAUAACAGUGUUUCCUGACAUGACUUCUAUCCAUUCUCUGGAACCUUGGAACCAAAAUUUUGUCUUGGAUAUCUGUGACAACCUCUAUCUUCUGUCAAUACCAGUAAAUGCUUUCGUUGGCAUGACAACUGAAUAUACUGCAAUGAACCUGUUCAACAAUGGCAUUAGAGAAAUACAAGACUAUGCCUUUAAUGGGACCAAGAUAAAUAAAUUGGUUUUGAAGAAUAACCGAAACCUCCAAGUGAUCCAUAGGGAAGCUUUUAAAGGAGCAGUGGGCCCUAGGAUACUCUGCAGGGAUCAACUACCCAUACUAGAAAGGCAUGCAGUACACACACUAGAUGUCUCGUCGACGGCGAUAGAGACUUUGCCAUCCCAUGGCCUCAAUUCUGUCGUGGAGCUGGUUGCCCGUACAGCCUAUGGCCUAAAGAGACUACCCCCUUUCAGGGAUCUGGGCAACCUGCAGAAGGCACACCUCACCUACAACAGCCACUGCUGUGCCUUACUCACCUGGGACACACACAGGGAUUCUCCAAUCAAUGCAGCACAACAUAAUGGAUCUUGGCCUACGUAUUGUGAUGACAGUCCGUAUGAAAAGUUUCCAGCUGGUAUGGUGGACUCAUCCGACACAUCCCUACUGGUGGAAAUACAUGGAACAAAUGAAGAUGUCGAAGAUGAGUCCUACGGAGGUGUGGAUUUCCAGUAUCCAGAACUAGGGUUAAACUGUCAGACCAGACCAACCCUCCAGUGUACACCAGAGGCUGACGCCUUUAACCCGUGUGAAGACAUAGCAGGUUUCAGUUUUCUCAGAGUCGCCAUCUGGUUCAUCAACAUCCUGGCGAUCAUUGGCAACCUGACAGUCCUCCUCAUCUUCUUCACCAGUCGCUGUAAACUCACUGUGCCACGCUUUCUCAUGUGUCACCUGGCCUUCGCUGACUUCUGCAUCGGCGUCUACCUCCUUAUGAUCGCCGCGGUCGACCUCCACACCCGAGGCCACUACAGUGAGCACGCCAUCGAUUGGCAGACGGGAGCAGGUUGUAGUGCGGCGGGCUUCCUGUCUGUGUUCGGUGGGGAGCUGUCGGUGUACACGUUGUCGACUAUCACUCUGGAGCGCUGGCAUACGAUAACUCAUGCCUUGCAGCUGGAGAAGAGGCUAGGCCUGGCGCAGGCUGCUGUCAUCAUGGCUGGAGGGUGGUUGAUCUGUCUGGGGAUGGCCAUGCUCCCCCUGGUGGGGGUCAGCAGCUACAGCAGGGUGAGCAUGUGCCUUCCCAUGGAUGUGAAGACUCCUCUGGCCCAGGCUUUCAUCCUCCUGCUCCUCCUCUUCAACGUGGGGGCGUUCCUGGUGGUCUGCGUCUGCUACGUCCUCAUCUACCUGGCAGUACGGAACCCCCAGUUCCCCAGCCGCAGUGCAGACGCCAAGAUCGCUAAGCGCAUGGCUGUCCUCAUCUUCACCGAUCUCCUCUGCAUGGCACCCAUCUCGUUCUUCGCUAUAUCCGCAGCCUUUAAGGUUCCGCUCAUCACUGUCACCAACUCCAAGAUACUCCUGGUGUUGUUCUUUCCUAUCAAUUCCUGUGCCAACCCUUUCCUCUAUGCCAUCUUUACUAAGGCUUUCAGGAAAGAUGUCUAUCUGUUACUGAGUAACGUGGGCUGCUGCGAGAAUAAAGCUAAUAUGUACAGGAUGAAGGCCUAUUGCUCUGAGAAUUUGGUGAAGAGUAGUUCUGGGAACAAGGGGACUCUGAUUUGUACAACACUAAGUAUGGACCCUCUGCCAUUGCAGAGCCAACAGCUGAAAGACGAUGAUGAUUUGGGGACAAUCUGAAAUGGCACCCUAUACCUGAAAUACAUUUUUUCAAAGAGGAUGAAGAAUAGACUAAGCUUUUUAUUUUGUUCCAUUCAUUAUCAUUAACAGUAGCAACAAGUGACCUUACAGUAUUUUGUAGUGCAAUUCACUGGUUACUACAGUCUUACUGGGGGGGGGUUAUUGUUCGGAUGGGACUUUUCUUUCACUUUUUUCUUUAACUGGGUCCUACAGUAGAACCAGGAUUGUCUGCAAUUUACUGUAAAACGGUAAACAAUUUUGAACAUUUGAACUCCCAUGUAAUUCUCAUAUGGCUAAAUGUGUCAUUCAACCAAAUUGUAUUUAAAUAAAACAACAUUUUCUGUUGGCAUCCCA